AUGGGGCCAAGUGGAUUCCUUGUCGCCACUCUCCUCGCUCUGCUGGCUGUACAGUUUGUUAAGCUUCUGUGGGCUCGACGGCGGUUUCCUCCCGGACCACUUCCUUUCCCCUUGAUUGGAAGCUUGUGGAGAGUUGGCUGGAAGAUUCGACAAGACACUCUCAUAAAGCUUGCAAGCAGCUAUGGAGAUGUUUUCACCUUAUGGAUAGGACACGUCCCUCUGGUUGUCCUGACUGGAUUCAAAACGGUGAAAGAAGGGCUAAGCAACGAUUAUGGAAUAUUAUCCGGCCGACCAGUGCUCCCUUUUUUCAAAGUACUGGGAAACAAAAAAGGGAUAAUUUUUUCCAAUGGCAACACCUGGAAACAGCAGAGACAUUUCGGCCAAUCUACCAUGCUGACCUUAGUUCAAAUGAAGAAUGGUUUGGAGCAUCAAAUAGGAAAGGAAGCGCAACUACUCGUGGAGACCUUUGCUCAAGAAAAGGGACGCCCACUGGAUCCUUCGCGGCCGACCAUGCGUUCGGCGGCCAGAGUCAUUUGUGAUGUCGUUUUUGGACAUUCACUCCCCAUUGAAGACGAAGCUUUGCACAAGCUGACUGAACACCUUGACGUGAUUGCAAAAUUUAAGGGCACUGCUGGAGAGAUGUUCUACAACUUCCUCCCUUCAGUUAUGCAGCUUAUUCCUGGACCUCACAAGAAAGCCCUCUCCUCUUGUGAAUUUGUACGUUCCUUCAUCAGGGAGGAGAUGGAAAAACAUAAGAAGAACGGGGUACCCCAUGCACCGCAGAAUUUCACUGACUUCUACUUGGCACAGAUCAACAGAGAGAAAAUGGAUUCUACAACUACGUUUAAUGAAGACAACCUGGUUCAAGUUAUUGCUGACCUGUUUAUGGCGGGCACGGGCACCCUAGCUGCCACGCUAUCCUGGGCACUACUUCUUAUGGUGGCUCAUCCUGACAUUCAAGAGAAAGUCCACAAGGAAAUCGCAAGUGCUCUGGGUUCUCCCACGUUAAUCUCCUACGAUGAUCGGAAGAAACUGCCCUACACCCGUGCCGUGAUCCAUGAGAUCCAGCGCUUCAGCACUGUUGCAUUAUUUGGCCUACCCAGACUCUCCAUCCAAGAUUUAAAUCUGUUUGGCCAUUUUAUUCCAAAAGAUACUCUGGUGCUCCCAGAUCUCUGCUCAGUGCUCCUUGAUCCCAAGCAAUGGGAGACACCUCAACAGUUCAAUCCUAGCCACUUCUUGGAUAAGGAUGGAAAAUAUAUGGCAAGAGAUGAAUUCUUUGCAUUCGGAGCAGGAUGCCGAGCAUGCCUGGGGAGGCAGCUGGCUCAGAGCGAGCUCUUUGUUAUGUUCACCUCCCUCGUGAAAGCAUUUACUUUCCAGUCGCCAGAGGGAGGAAAAGGCAAAGCUGUCCAUCCCGUCAUUGGUUCCGUGGCGCACCCUGGGCCGUUUAAGAUCUGUGCUGUUCCUCGUUAAACUGCGAUGCCUCAAAGACCGUCGCAAGAAAGAAAAACGGAGCGGCUGAUAAUUUGCUGCCGUGCAUUUUAAAUCUCCUUCUGCUCAAAC